UUUGAAAGUUCGUCUUUAAUCGUACAUCAUAAGCAUCAAGUUACAUUUGCAACCAUUCAAUCAAGAUUUCUAGCUAGUCGAUCUUUGAGUGUCGAGGGAAAUGGCGGGAUCAAGUGAGAUGAAGGGAGAAGAAUCGAAACUGAGUUUCGAGGAACAAGCGAGUUUAGAUGAGAUAAUCAUGAACGCAAAGAAGUCGUUUUGCGCUGAGGAUAUGGUGAAUCAUUCCGUGGUUGCUGAAAACAAAGCCGAGGUUGCUAGUGGCCAUUUGAUCGUGUUAGGAGGCAACUUGAGUAACUUGACAAAAGGACCCCUGACCGUUCUCGAUUCCAAGCUAUGGGCGGGAUACAUUAUCAAAGAUUAUCCAAAUCCUCUUUUGGUGGGUACAAGUAUCUUGCAAUUGGUGCAAGUAGGCGUGUCCAAUGAUGGCCUCAAGGCGGCAGUGUUGUAUACUGGCAAGAAUAUUGCUUGUGUUGAUUGUGGGUGGCUCCUUGCUUGGGCCGACUCUCAGGGUAAGGGGAAAAGGGUUUACGCAGAGUGUGGCCCAAUAAGCAAAUUCAACUGCCUCAACUGGGAAAGGAUUGAAAAGAAAUUGGAUGACCCUUGUUGUCCGGCAAUUAACCCCUAUAAGGCCUCUGACGAACAAACAGGAACUUCAGUGAUUGUUGGACUAUCUGGCGUUGAAUGGCCGUUGACGUAUGAGACUCGAGACUUGCUUGCUGGAAUCAUAUCUGGUUAAACAAACUCCGGCUCACCCCGCCCUGCCCUGCCCUGCCCUUCCCUGGCUACUAACAUAAAUAUAAUGAAUAUCGAUCUUCACCUUUGCUACAAAUUAAUUACUUCACCUUUGAAUUUUUUAAUUUUUUUCCUAUAUACCUAUUAGAGUAUCUAUUACUUAUUGGAUUAGUAACCAGGGAUGGCAUGUAUCACCUUGGGAAAAAUAUACUUCUUAUUAGACAAGCAAGACCAUGAAAUAGAAAUUACGUUAUUGUUUA